AUGUUGAAAAGUCUGCAGUUCCCCGAACCGGCUCCAAAUCCUAAUGUAGUUGCAGUACGUCGUCUUCAGAAAGACUUUCAAAUUUUGUUGAAUGAUCCAUUACCUGGCAUAGUCGCCAUUCCGAGUGAGAAAAACAUUUUGGAAUGGCACUACGUUAUCGAAGGAAGUACUGAAACUGAUUAUGAAGGCGGAUUUUAUCAUGGUAAGAUAGUUUUCAAACCGGAUUUUCCAUGGAAAGCACCUGCAAUCUGCAUGGUUACUCCAAAUGGAAGAUUUGCUCCAAACAUUCGCUUAUGUCUUUCCAUAUCAGAUUUUCAUCCGGAAACAUGGUGUCCUGGCUUGACGGUAUCCUCUAUAUUAGUUGGUCUUCAUAGUUUUAUGAACGAGGAUACUUAUUCGACAGGAUGUGUUUUCACUUCCCCGAAAGCUAGAAGACAGUUUGCUCGAGAAAGUAUAAUUUUCAAUCUCAAUAACGAAGAGUUCCUGUUGAAUUUCCCCGAGUUGGCUGAACGUUUGAAAGCUAAUUCAUCACCUAUGAACUAUGAACAUAUCGAUGUUUGUGAUGAACAGGACGAAAAGAUUGCCGAAGAAAUGGAGAAAAAGGCUCACGCUGAAGCUCUGAAAGCUCAUUACGAAUCUCAAAAAGUUACCGAGUUACGCAUGAUGCUUGCACAGCGAGCAUACCGGUCAAGAAAUUUCAGAGCUACUAUGAGCGAGCGUAAAGAAAACAUUCGUUCGGCUUCCGCACGCCUAGGAGACUCUGAACCCUCAUCAUCUAAGCAGGCAAACGAAACUCAGGAUGCUUCUAUGUCAAAACCGGAGUUUGAAGUUCCAUCAACAACCUUUUCCCAAAGCUAA